UCGCCACUCGCUCGCUGCUGCUGCUGCUGUCCCGUCUCUCGCCGCCGUCUCUCUCUGCUCUCUGCUCUGCGCGCGCGCACACACACACACCAAACACACACCAAACACACACCACACACACACCACACACACACCACACACACUACACACACCACACACACACCACACACCACACACACACCACACACACACCACACACACCCCUACACACACCACAUACACACAUCACCACACACCACACACACACCACACACACACCACACACCACACUACACACCACCCACACACUACACACACCACCCACACACUACACACACCACCCACACACACACACCUACACACACAUACCUACACACACACCCCUACAUACACACACCACCCCACACACACCACACACACUACACACCACACACACACACAAACUACACACACACUACACACCACACACUACACACUACCCCACACACACCACACACACACCACACACACACACACUACACACCACACACACACCCCACACACACCACACACACACCACACCACCCACACACACCACACACACCACACACACACCACACCACCCCACACACACCACACACACACACCACACACACACACCACACACACCACACACACACACCACACACACACACACACCACACACCACACACACACCUACACACACCCCACACGGCGGCGGGGAUGAUGCGGUCCUACUCAUCCUCACGCGCGGCCGCAUAGGAGAGACGUCGGCAAUCACGACCUUCCUCGCAUUCAUCUCUGCGCGUGAUGUUUACUCAAGAACUUUGCAUCGGACACGCCUCCCUGUUGCAUCCAGCGCCUCGCCCCUAUGGACAGGCGCAGAGCCCGGCCAUGGCGUGCUCGUGGAAGGUGGUCGUCUUCGUGGUGUGCGCUUCUCUCGGCAUCCAGUACACGGCCAUCAGAACCAUCCGCACCUACGGCUUCUACAUGUGCGACGUGUCCGACGCGCCUCCCCGCUGCUUCUUCACCUUCGGCAGGAUGCCGCGCCUCUCCGGGUGCGCGGCGCAGGCAGCGGCAUCGGCGGCCGCGGCAGCUAAAGGGACCGCUGGUGCCGGCGGUGCCAUCGCCGGCACCGGAGGAAUGGGAGGGGAUUCCCGAGCGAGGCCCUCCGAGUUGGCUAAGGUGGCGAAGGUCGUGGAGACGGCCGCGACGACGGCUCCGAAGCGCAAGCACAUCCUCAUCUUCGCCACGACGCGCAGCGGCUCCUCGUUCAUGGGCCAGCUGUUCAACCAGAACCCGGAGGUGUUCUACCUGUUCGAGCCCCUCUACCACGUGCAGGCCACCUUCGUAGACACGGGGCUGCGCUUCCGCCACGCGGUAGACAGGCGCUCGCUGCUCGGCGCCUACCGCGACCUGCUGCGUAACCUCUUCGACUGCGACCUCUACUUCCUGGAGAACUACAUCAGGCCCGCGCCGCGGGACCACGAAACGGCGCGCCUCUUCCGACGGGGAGCGAGCAACGCGCUCUGCAGCCCGCCCGUGUGCGGCGACACCCCGACGACGUCGUCGUCGUCAUCGUCAUCAUCGGCGGCGUCAUCAUUGCCAUCAUCAUCAUUAAUAUCAUCCUCGUCGUCAUCAUCCUUCUUCUCGCCGCCCUCUUCCGCGUCAUCUUCUUCAUCGUCGUCGUCGUCAUCCUCGGAGCCGGAGGAGCAGCGCUGCCUGCGCUCCUGCGGGCCGCUCAACGUGACGCUGGCGACGCGCGCCUGCCACGCGCGGCCGCACGUGGCCAUCAAGACGGUGCGCAUCCCCGAGGUGCGCGACUUGCGCCUCAUGGCCGACGACCCGCGCCUCGACCUCAAGAUCGUCCACCUCGUGCGCGACCCCCGCGCCGUGCUCGCGUCGCGCAUGCUCACCUUCACCGAGACCUUCAAGGCGUGGAAGAUCUGGAACGCCACGGGCCGCAUGCCCUACCGACUGGACGCGGGGCAGAUCACGGCCACGUGCGACGACUUCGUGCGCUCGGCGCGCACGGGGAUGUCGAGGCCACGUUGGCUGCGCGGCCGCUACCUCCUCGUCCGAUACGAGGACCUGGCGCGCGACCCGCUGGGCAAGGCGGCGGACAUUUACCGCUUCGCCGGCAUCCCCAUGGGCAAGGCGGUGACGGGCUGGGUGAUGAGCAACACGCGCGGCGACAAUCAGCUGGGCCGCUACAAAUACUCGACGAGUCGCGACUCGGCCGCCGCCGCCGAGGGAUGGAGGCUCAGCCUCAGCUACGACAUCGCCCGCUACGUGCAGGAGGCGUGCAACGACACCCUGGCGCAGCUGGGGUACAGGGCCGUGGAGUCGGCCGACGAGCUGAGGAACCUGUCCAUCAGCCUGGUGGAGGAGAGGGCGUUCGUGCCCUUCCUGUGAGUGGGCCGGGGAGAGAGGAGAGCCGAGAAAGAGAGAGACACACGGUCCGAGUGUGCUGCUAAAGCGGAGGAGUCCGAUAUUGGUGGUGGUGGUGAUGAUGGUGGUGGUGGUGAUGAUGGUGGUGAUGAUGGUGGUGAUGAUGGUGUUGAUGAUGGUGGUGGUGGUGAUGAUGAUAAUAGUGGUGAUGGUGAUGAUGAUGGUGGUGAUAAUGAUGGUGGUUGUGAUGAUGAUGAUAAUGGUGGUGGUGAUGAUGAUGGUGGUGGUGAUGAUGGUGGUGGUGAUGGUGGUAGUGAUGGUGGUGGUGAUAGGUAAUGAUGGUGGUGGUGGUUCUGAUGAUGAUGGUGGUGGUGGUGGUGAUGAUGGUGGUGGUGGUGAUGAUGAUGGUGGUGAUGACGGUGGGGUCAUGAUGAUGGUGUUGAUGUUGAAAGUGGUAGUGAUGAUGAUGAUAGUUACUCACUUUAUCGAUGAGGAUGAUAGUGAUGGCGAUGAUGACGAUUGUGGUGAUAACGAUGGUGAUGAUGCUGAUGAUGAUGAUAGUGCUGGCGAUGAUGGUGCUGGCGAUGAUGGCGAUGAUGAUGAUAGUGAUGGCGAUGAUGACGAUGGUGGUGAUGGUGAUGUUGAUGCCCCUACUGGCACAGACUAAAUGCCCGCUUUGCAGGCGAGGUGCUGAGUCACAUUCGUGCCGCACAGGGGCAGCUGCCGCUAGUAGGGGGCCUCCGAAUGAGAAGAGAUGUGAGUUACUGAUCGCGUGUUCAACGCCUUGGAGAAGCCACGGCGGUUCCAUGAAACAAAGAAACAAAUCAUAAAUUUACGAAAUUGAAUUCGCCACUGGUAUCGACUGCACAAUAGAGAUGGAACUGGCAGAAGGAAGGAGGUGAUGGCCCCAGGGUCGCUACGCUGGGGUGAGCGUUGGACGCUCGCACUCGUUGGCGGGUCUGACUCGGUGGUGGAAAUUCCACGCUCCAAUGCCGAGGGCCAGGCCAUCGGCGAGCCACACCACUGUCGACUGUCUACAAACUGGUUCCUCAAUUUAUCGACCCUCGGUGGAUGGUGAUGAUGGGUUGACUCGACCACCCACUGCGACUGUCUACAAACUGGUUACUCACUUUAUCGACCCUCGGUGGAUGAUGAUGAUGGGCUGACUCGACCCACUCACUGUCGACUGUCUACAAACUGGUUACUCACUUUAUCGACCCUCGGUGGAUGAUGAUGACGAUGAUGGUGAUGAUGGGCUGACUCGACCCACCCACUGUCGACUGUCUACAAACUGGUUACUCACUUUAUCGACCCUCGGUGGAUGAUGAUGACGAUGAUGGUGAUGAUGGGCUGACUCGACCCACUCACUGCGACUGUCUACAAACUGGUUCCGCACUUUAUCGACCCUCGGUGGAUGAUGAUGACGAUGAUGGUGAUGAUGGGCUGACUCGACCCACCAACUGCGAUCUCCUGACUGAGAUCAUUACAACGCCCCCCCGCCCCCCCCCCACCCCCGGCUGACUGCGUCGCCAGCCGCCACGUGGUUGUUGGACAUCGUCGUAAUCGUUGGCUGACAUCGGCUGUUUGUACCCCUCGUGCGCAUGGGCUUCCUCCUCCCCCCUCCGUGCAAAAUCGACGCAACAAACAGUCGCCAACGUUAAACACAAAAACAAAACUCCGUUAAAGGGACUUGCCCUCCCCCCCAGACCCCCAAAACGUCUCCGUCGCGGGACCCUCGCGAACGAGAGAUAGAGAGUCUCGGUGGGUGAUUUCCCGAGUCGGUGAAGAGUUGAAGCGAAUGAAACACGACGAGCAGCAGCAGCAGGAACAGCAGCAGCAGGAACAGCAGCAGCAGGAACAGCCGAGCGGCGUAGCUAUCGAGUGUGCAGCGGUGCAAUUGCGCCGGGGGGUGGGGGGCUUGGACUGGGUGGGGGGGGCGUUUGAAUCUUUGCACCAGGACCCAUCACAACCACGCUACUGACAACAACAACAACAACGACAUCCACAACGACAAUGAUGGUGAUGACGGUGAUGGUGGUGUAUUGGGUCAGCACUAUGCUGCCCUACGAAACCCGGCGACCCGAGUUCGAUUCCCGCUCACGGCCAACACCGGUGACGAUUAUUUGAACCGGUCCUGGGCCGCCUCCUCCUCCACCCCGUACGUCGACUCUGCCUCGAGCGAGUACCUGGUGCGGUGUGAAAACAUCGCCACUGGGGAGACAAAGGCGGUCGGGCGUGAUGCUGGCCACCCAUCCCCUAGUGUGUCGUGUCCGCCUGCAUAGAUGCUGGCACGCGCUAACAGCACUUGCCCCAACAGUCUGUUAAGGCUAUAUGGGGAGAUCUUUGUCUUUGGUGGUGAUGAUGAUGAUGAAACUGUGCAUGUGGACGGCGUGUCGAAUGUACAGAUAUCAGUAGAGGGAUCAACGCGUGCGCUUUAUCCCGCAAUAUCCACUCCAGACGACCAUCAAACAUGUCUACUGGCACGCACACUGACACGCACAGACACACACGUACUGACACACAUUCACACACACGCAGAUCCAUAGACGCACACACAUACGCAUGCAUAGACAACACACGCACAGAUACACAUCAACAAACGCACACCAACUCGACAACCGAUAUUCGUUACUCAGUGGCGGUGAUGUCACCACGGCGCUCGUGCCAGGAUAGGUGCACCUUGAGGCCAUCACGUGAAGUGUGGAAGGUUCGCUGCUGCCAAGGAGGUCACGACAACACACAAAGACAAAUACCCACACACACACACUUAGACCCACACAUACUCAGACACAUACACACACACACUCAGACCCACACACACACUCAGACCCACACAUACUCAGACACAUACACACACACUCAGACCCACACACACACACACUCAGCCCCACACACACACACACUCAGCCCCACACACACACACUCAGACCCACACAUACUCAGACACAGACACACACUCAGCCCCACACACACUCAGACCCACACACACACACGCUCAGCCCCACACACACACACUCAGACCCACACACACACACAGGCACACACUCAGACCCACAAACACACACAGUCCCACAUACACUCAGCCAAUCAAAUUCGCACCCACCCCUCCCCCCACACACACGAGGCAACCUCAAGUUGUCCAGAUUGCAACUCAAGAGGCAGACCAACAAAACAACAUCGUCAACAACGACAACAACUCUGCGUGGGAUGCUGCAUCGCACAAACACCGGGGGGGAGGGGGGUGCUAAGAGGGGCCACUCAUCGAUGCCUCUGAAGCCGAGCCAGUGGGGG